GACUUAGGCCGGCGUGCUGAGAGCUACCUUCAGCACCACAUCAUCCUCGCCGCCUGCUUUCCACCAUCACGCUCUCACUCCGCCGCGACUGCGACGCUUCGACCGCCUCCGCCGCGCUCACGAGCGUGCGGCACGUCUGAGCGCAGCUGCGCCCGUCGCUGCCAUCCAUUCAAACUCCACGCGCUGGCCGCAACCGCUCUCCCGCUUCGCCACACGCCUGCAUCCCGGGCCCGAGUCAGUAUCCAUACCCGCCUCCGCAGCAGCCGUGGCAGGCCCGUCCGCCGCACUCCGGCCCGCCGAGCCCGCAGUCGAGCGCCAUGGCGCUGCCGCCGUACGCCACCGGCGCGGCGCCCUACCCACCUGCGCAGCAGCAGCAGCCUGCGCCUGCGCUCUACCCUCCGCCGACGGUGGCUGUGAACCACUACCCCACGUACGGCACCAACGCGCCGGCAGUGCCAGGGUCCUAUGCGCCGCCGCAACAAGCUCCACAGCGCCAGCCAUCGUUUGGCAGCGUCGCGCACAACAGCCGCCACUCGCGCUACUCCUCCUCUCCCGCGCCUGGCUGGCCUGAGCCACCUGGCGGCCCGAGUCCGGGCUCGAGCCCGCACUUCCGGCCCAGCCUCCCUCAUGCAUCGAGCUCGCAGCAGUCGAUGCAGUCCCUCCACGGACGGCUGCCAUCUGCGCCCUCGCCGCCGCAUGCUCUGCAGCCCGGCCGGCAGGAGUACAGGCACCCUCAGAGCCAGGCUCCUUCGCCGCACCCUCCAUCUCGGCCGCAGUCGCUCCACGCCGCGAGCGGCGGCUACCAGGUCGCCGGCAGCGCUCCGCCGGCGUCGGCUCCGGCUCCGGCGCCGCACCGCCAGGACAGCUCCGGCGUGCCACAUGACGCCGCCGCUUGUCCCGGCUGCCGUGCCGACUUUGAGGCUGCCAUCGAAGCCUCGCGUCGCUCGGCCGAAGCGGACGCCGCACGACGCGCUGCGCGCGACGACGGCCUCUCGGAUGAAGAGCGAGCGCACAUCCGCGCCAUCGAAGAGUCAGCUGCGGAGGAGAGAGCCCGCGCCGCCGCAGAGGAGGAAGACAUGAUUCGACAGGUCAUGGAGGCGUCACUCCGCGACGAGGAAGCUGCGCAGCGCGCUCGAGAGGCCAGAGAGCGCGAGGAAGAAGCGCAUCGCCUGGCGUUGGCAGAGAGUGCGAGAGCGAGCGAGGAGCGGCUGCGUCAGCGGGAGAGGCUGGAGCGGGAGCAGCUCGAAGCGCUGGAGCGCAGCAGGCGUGAGGCAGAGGCGGAGCAGCGCAGGCGCGCAGAGGAAGAGGCGCUGGCUCAGCAGAUCGAGGAGCGCGUGCUCCAGGAGAGCCGACGCGAGAUGGAGCGCGAGUGGAGUCGCCGCGAUGAAGAGGAGCGGGCACUUCAAGACUUCGUCAGUCGCGGAGGCGCCGUCGGCGAGGCUGCGUACUGGCAACACCUGCGACACGACCACGCGUACAGCCUUGCGAUGCGCAUGACGGAUCCACACGCCUCGCUGCCGCCCGUUCCGGCGGCGGAGUCGUCCGCUAUGGGCGCACGCGGCCCGCUGCCGCGCCCGCCGUUGCCGCAGGUCAUCGUCGAGCCACCUUCGGAGACCGGCACGGAGCUUGGCGCCGACGACGCACGACACGACGAUGACGGCGACGACGACGAUGAUCCAUUCGGCGACGACGCCGAGGCCCCGCCGCUGUACGCCGAAGUCGGCGCUGAUCGCCCACCCGAAGCCCCGGCGGAGAUCCCGGCUCAUGUACAGUUCCGGCCAGUCGUGCAAGAGAGCACGCCGCCAGCAGCGGACUCUGUUGAGCCGCCUCGGCCACCUGAGAAGGCAGGGGAGCCGCCGAUCCAGCCGCGCGGCUCGUCCAUGCGUCUGCCGCGCCUCGUAUCUCCACGCACGAUGGCAGCCGCAGCAGAGGACGCUGCAGGUCCGCCAACCCCGCCCAAGGAGCCAACGGGCGCAGAUCUUGCGCGUGCUCGGUCCAAUCGUGCGCUGACGCAGAGCGAGUGGGACCGCGGGCGAUCUAGCGAAGAGCCGGAGUCACCCACCAUCUCGAUUGGCAGCUUUGACGAUGCGAUUCGCGAGGAGGGCGAGCCCGACAUCCUGCCAGGAGCCCAGCUCAGCCCGAAGAGCAGCCAGAGACACGCGCAGCGACCAGCUAUCUCGCCGAUCGCGCCCGCAGCAGGUCCUUCACACCAAACGCAGCCCGUCGCGGAGCAGUCUGCAUCUGCGGGGCACGACGCCCGACCGUCACAGCGAGCAGACUCUUCCGGCGCAACAAGCUUCGAGCGCCAGUCUAGCAUCGCGAGCACUUCGAGCCGCCGUUCCACCUCGUCUGCUUCCUCUGCCACGGCCGCGACCAGCCUGGACCCAUCCGGCUCGGGCUCGCGGCUGAGCGUCCAUGAGUUCGCGCAGACGACAAUGUCGGGCACGGACUGGGGCUACGCAUGCGAGCCGUUCGCGCCCGAGCUUCUGGCCAGCCCGCGCAAUCGCAGCGGCAAGGACGGCAAGGCACGCUUCCCCAACUCAAUCCAGCUCACCAUGCCGCCAGCGGACGGCUCGGGCGUCGUGACCGGCGAAGACCUCUCCAGCUUCUUCACCAUCCGCGCGCCAAGCUGGAAAGGACUGCUGCGUGCCAUGGCGUGGUACGGCAACACGCUGAUCUCCGCAGGGCCUCAGGAGGUGGCAGACGCCGCACUGGCCGCCGAGUCCUCGCCGCGCGACAAGGACGCCGGUCAGCUGCGCCUUGCAGUCGAGAUCGAGUUCGUCACGCCUUCGCGUCUGCAGGACGCCUCGUACGCGCCGAGUCUUCUGGCGUCGGAGGACGGAGACCAUGGACGCGCGGCGCACGUUUCGCUGUGCCUCUCACUCGUCACGCCUGCGCGCACGCGGCGUGGCUCGGAAGCGUGUCUGGCGGCGGCACUCAAGCGGUCGAGCCGCAGUCUGGACACGAUGUACCUGCGGCGCGGCUCUGCCCGCCGAGUCAUCACGCUGCCGCGCCAGGCGCCCUCGCUGCCGGUCGACAUGGUCAAGCUGGCGCAGCACGUCCAUGCGGCGCACCGCUUCAGCGCGGCAUGUCCCACGACGAGCUCGACGGCGCUGCAUUCGCCUCGCGACCUGCACCAUGCCGUCGAGGCGCACGACAUCAGCUACGUGCAACGCAUCCGCGCCGAGCGCAGCGAGGCGAACCGGCGCGCCGGACGCAAAGACACGCUGGGGCCGGGCGCAGAGGCGGGCGAGGUGCGCCUCUUCGCCGACGGCCAGGACGAGGACGAUGAGCCGGGACGCGCCAGGCGCAUUACCGCGGCAGUCAAGCGGCGCUUCCAGAAGCGUGCCGGCGACGGGCGCAUCGUGGACGACCAGCUCAUCGGCUGGAUCACGCCGCUGAUGCCCGAGGAGACUGUGCAGCACGACGACGCCUGGGAGGAGCGACGCUAGCGGCUGCGCGACGUGCGCGGCACUGAAUGCAAUGCGUUCCAGUGGCAUGACAUUGCGAUGGAAGAGGGCAGUAGCAGCGAAGGCGAGAAAGGAAUGACGACGAGAAGUGCAGCGGGCGGCAGGGCGGUUAGAAGGCGGGGAAGAGGUGCCCGUACACGUCGGGCGCGUCGAGCAUCGUGUAUUCGGAGAGGUCGUUCUCGGGAUACCGCUCGAAUCUGGCGGCC